AUGAAGAAAAACUGAGUUUCAGAGUAAAGUUUGCUAAACUAAAUAUUAUCUAGGUUUCUGUCAAACACAGACUUGGGUAUAGGCACAUCUCUUAAACACCCCAUAUUGGGUGUUGUCAUUAUAGACAUGCUUGAACCGGCUAAGUCUGCUCCUACCCCUAAAAAGGGCUCUAAAAAAGCUGUGACCAAGGCCCAGAAGAAGGAUGGCAAGAAGCGCAAGCGCAGCUGCAAGGAGAGCUACUCCGUGUACGUGUACAAGGUGCUGAAGCAAGUCCAUCCGGACACCGGCAUCUCAUCGAAGGCCAUUGGAAUCAUGAACUCCUUUGUCAAUGACAUUUUCGAGCACAUCACUGGCGAGGCAUCUCACCUGGCACAUUACAACAAGCGCUCAACUAUCACAUCCAGGGAGAUCCAGACCACUGUGCGCUUGCUGCUACCUGGGGAACUGGCCAAGCACGCCAUGUCUGAGGGCACUAAGGCUGUCACCAAGUAUACCAGCUCCAAGUAAAUACAAUAUGCCUAGCCGCUGUUAAUGGAAAAAACAAUGGCACCCCACUCCAGUACUCUUGCCUGGAAAAUCCCAUGGACGGAGGGCCUGGUGGGCUGUAGUCCAUGGGGUCGCUAAGAGUCGGACACGACUGAGCAACUUCACUUUCAC